AUGAUGUCUAAUAGAUUAGAAGGCAAGCCUUCUCUCCUUCCUAAGCCUCGUCGGCCGGGGUCAAGUGAUCGUUUAUCAACGGAUUCUCGCCGUCCUUCUGCAGCGGGUCAUAGAUCAAGCAGCGCUGAUCCGCCCAGAGGAACCUUCGGCUCUCGAUUAAGUAGAGAGGCUUCAGCUACGAAGCUACCUGUUAAUGGGAGGUCCAGAUCACAAACAGGUGAUGCUAAGUAUGGUGCGGCCACCACAACUCCACUGCGAGCGGGUCACUACAGAACUACUACUACCCCACAAAGAACCCCUUCAGAGGAUCGUCUAAAUCGUGAUUGGAAGACUUGUCUUGAAAGAGCUCUUGCCUUUGUAACCAUCAAAGAUCAGAGGCCGAUAUCUAAUGUGGCCUGGCAGCGUUCCGAGUGUGCAAGGGUCGGUGAGGCUCUGGCCCAGAGGGAGUCUUCGAUGGCUCUGAUCCGUCCGCUGACCAUCACACGGUUCGUGGACACCGUUGGAGCCCUACUGAACGCUAUCACCAUGGACGCUAAACUUAAUAAUGACAAUUAUGUUACUAAAUUGCCUCACUUGUCCAAGCGUGUUCUCUACCCCGGGACAGUAACCAAAUCCUGGCUACGCACAGUCAACACUCUGCAUGCCUUCCCUCAUGCGUUGGCGCUGGUCGCUUACUUAUUGGACCUCGUCACACAUAUAGAGAGUCCAGUAGAUGAUGAAUGGCUCUACGCCAGUAAGGAUGACUUGAGCUGUCUACGAAGAGACUACCUGUAUAAGUGUUGGAUGAGAUUCCAAAACCCCGGCCAUCAGUUUGAGGAUCUGAAUGAAGAAUACUUGAAUAACUUGAGGUGUCUGUUGGGGAACGAUGAGGAGAAGAUUAAGGAACUGGAACAAACUAUACAGAAAUACUCCGCGUGUCUGAAUGACGAGGCGGAGGCUGCGGCCCGGGCGGAGGUGGCGCGCCGCGAGGAGAGGCGCUCCGCCCUCGGGGCUGCGUUGAAGGCAGUCAAGACAAGUCGCAGGGACACGCGGGCCGCCAGCGAAGCCCUACGAUCAGCCGCCAGGGACGCCGACCAGGAGGCCAAGAUGAUUGACGCUGAUGUAGACAGAAUCAGUGCGGAGCUGGAGCGAGUGACUUCAGAGUUAGAAUCGCAAGUGAUGUCUCGCGAACAACGAGCCAGGCUACUCGACGAUCUGGAUUACGCUGUGAGGGUCCACGACUCGAAAAUGACGCUGGCUGAUGAAAUACAGAAGAUGGUGUCAAGCAAAGAGACGGAUCUGGCUCUGUGGCAGAAGAAGACCCUGGACAGCUGCGGCGAGUACCGGCAGAGACUCAUACACCUGGCAGGCCUGCCAGCGCUCAACACACUCGCCAUAGAUGAGAAUUCGUUGAUGGGCGCGGAGUGCGUCCCUCUAGUGUCGCGCGCCGUGGACACGCUCCGUGAGGAGGCAGCUCGCCUGGCUGCGAAGAAGAACGACCUCGUGAGAAGUAGGAGCGCUCUGGCUAGGAAGAGAUGCGCUAUGAUGGAAGAGGCUCGUUCGAAGAUCUCUGAGGUGGCUUCCACCGUGGAGAGAGAACAGAAGAUACUGGAGGGAGAGAGGGAGAGGGAGGCGGAGGAGGCGAGGACGUGGAGCAGAUAUGAGGGAGACACGCGAGGGAGGAUCGAGGAGUACGAGCUGAGGGUGCGAGGGUGCGCGGGGGUGCGGGCGCAGCGGGAGUACUGGGAGGACAGGGACGGACUAUGGCGAUCAAAACUGGCUGAACUGAAGGAAUACAUAGAGGAACAGAAGAUAGUGAUGCAGAGGAAGUUGGAGGAGGGAAGGAGGAGGAGGGGGGAGCUGGUCACCGACGCACUGGGACUGUGGAGGGAAAAGAUGGGAGUGUGA